GCCUGGUCUCAAGCUACCAUGUAAAGAAACUCUAUGCAUCAACACAGCGUCCUCCCCUCCACAAUGCCCGCAGCCACCGUCCGCCCGAUAUCAGACCUCUCUCCCUUCGAGCAGCUCGUCCUGAGCUACUCGACGGGGCCUCAAUCGCCGAACGAAGGCGGAGAGGUCUGGGACUACUUCCCCUCAGCCAGCAAUCUCCGACUCGAAUCCGCCACUCCGGGACCGCCGGCUCGCGUCUCGUACCUCCUCACCGUGAUCCCAAAGCAAUGCAAUUACCUCGGCAGCUUGCAUGGCGGGUGCGCCGCCACUAUUGUCGAUAUUCUGUCGUCGACGCUGUUGCUGGCAUUGUCGAAGCCUGGGCAGUACUCGUUGGGAGGUGUUAGUCGGAACCUCAAGCUUACGUAUCUGCGGCCGGUGCCGGUGGGGUCGGAGAUUCGGGUGAUGUGUGAGAUGGUGCAUAUGGGCAAGAGGAUGGUGUUGCUGAGGGCGGAGAUUCAGAGGAUGGAUGGGGGUAUUUGUGUAGUGGCGGAGCAUGAGAAGGCGAAUACAGAUCCGGCGGCAAUUUAGAUUCGGUCCCAGGGAAUGGCUUGGUGAUACCGCUGGCUUGUAUGUACAUCUUUGGAUCAAUAGAGCGAAAAUUCU